AUGACCGCCUCUGCCUUUGUUGGCUCGCCGCCUGCAACUGAGGAUGAUCUUCACAUUGUGAAAGGCGUACUGCGCAUGUACGGCCUGGAAAACUUCAAUGCGAGCCUGGGACUCUCAUUCUCUAUUCAAAGGCCAGAAAACCCACCAAUCGAAAAAAAAGUACCUGAGAUCCUCACGGGCAUGAUCAUUGUCAUUCUGGCGAUUGUUCUACCAACAGCAGCGAGGGUUAUCAUUCGAUUGAGAGGAGCAAGAACACGGUUUGGAGCUGAUGACUGGGCUAUUAUUUGCGCUGCCUCUGUGGCAGUCGUCUAUCCAAUUCUCUGCAUAUUGAUGCUCUUCCAGACAGGCGCUGGUCGACAUACCUAUGAAAGCACCUACGAAGAGUAUAAUCUUUACAUGUACUACCUGACAGUAUGCAAGAUUAUCUUUUAUGUGGCCGUCGGCCUCAUCAAAGUAUCCAUCACUUUGUUUGUUCGUCGCCUCGCCGACAGAGCCUCAAGGAAAUGGAAGAUAUUUUCAGAAGUUUUCCUGGGUACUGUCAUCUGCUACAUUCUUCUCGCCCUCUUCUGGACUGUUUUCUCAUGCAGACCUCUCGGGACCAUGUGGAACAAGCGUUAUGCUGGAUCCCUGAAAGAAGCGCCCGUCUUGCUUUUACUCGCACCAAUCAUCAUCUUGUGGUAUGUCAAGAUCAACAAAGCCAAGAAAGCCCGUCUAUUUUUUAUCUGGCUUGUCGGAGGCACAACAGUCCUAGGCGGUCUACUCCAACAAACAAUGAUCACAAUUACCAACGACUCUUGCUGGCAAUACACGUCCGCGAUGCGAUGGACGGUCAUGGAUCUCACAUUCGGCACGCUCGCCGCCUCAUUACCAGUGCUGGACGCGGCUAUCAUGGGUACGUGGAGCUCCAUCAAGAGCAAGAUUGGCACGACAAGGUCGCAUUCACGAACUCGAACACUGGGAUGGACGGAUUUGGAAAAUGGGACAAGGAAUACCACUACAAUCAAGUCGGUGCGAAGGCCCUCGUUGUCGGAGUCGGAGUCGAUGGAGAAUAUCCGAGGCGGGGACAAGGGUAUGGAAAUGGGGAUCCUCCGGACGGAUGAAGUGGAACUAACGUACGAUGAGGAGACUAGACGGAGGAGUCUUCAUGCGAUAUAG